AUGCAACCAGAGCCUACUGCCGUAUCUCAACAUACACCCCCCGUUGACUCAUACCCAGUCAUUAUUAGUCCCACCCAGCAUGGACAUGACCUCGACGACGCUCAAGUCUCUGAUCUCCUCGACCGUGGGGAGAUCAGAGACUCUGCAGACGUCCCGAGCAUGUCGACACCAGACGGACCUGACGCGUCCUUGAACGAGGUUGACGGUCGCGAUGCCCCGCUCUCGGUCGGUCAAGUGAGCCAGCAUGAGAAUGCCUGGACUAGCCGCAGAAAGGCACCAAAUGCUGGAUCUUGCAUAGUGGCUUCUAUUGGGCAGUCGCAAACAACUUUUGAGGCAUUUCCAAAUGAGGUUCUCACACAUAUCCUAUCGCAUCUAUCACCUCAAUCCUUGUCCGCGAUUACAUUAGUGUCUCGUCGAUUUCAUGCACUAGUGACCACUCCUCAUGCUUGGAGAAUCGCCUUCUCGCGUUUCUUCCCAGGGCCCCAUGCUGUUGAGGAUGGUCGGCGUAGCGAUACCGAUGCGGCAGAUCUACAGUCGGACAGGCGUUUCUUCACGAGGCUGACCGCCCUAGCCUCCUGGCGUAGCGAAUACAUCUUGCGCACUCGCUUGAUUCAAUCGUUAUCUCGGGGCAAGCCGGCGCAGUUCAACCCGUCUAAGAAGCAUGGAACUGUACGUGCGGCAAGUACUCGCCAUGGCAGUGCCAUAGCGACGUAUACAUCACAGCUCCUCUUCCGGCCCGACAAGAACCCACUCUUCAUCCAUGGAGCGGCAGAGCAAGGAAUUGCGUCUGCCAGUGACCCGUCGACCGUAAAAGUCGGCACCUGGGGUGUCUCCGACCACCAAAUGUUCCGCCAUUUUGCAGAUAUGUUCCCUGGCGAGACCCAAUACGGCCUCGGGUCGGGUGAUAUAGUCGGUGUGCCCAACGUGAUGGACGUCAGUCAACCAUAUGGCAUGGUCUACGGCGAAGGCUGUCCCCAGGGCCGCAGCUACUUCAUCUCAGCGACGGAGCAGCGUGGUCGUUUCUUGGGAGCUUCGGAUUUGGGUUCCCACCCACCACUCGGCAUACCCGCAGUCAACAUGAUCACACAUGCUGUCUGUUCGGUGUGGAUUGCGAAGUCCCCUGACAUCCUCAAGAUGACCCAGGGGCUGGUGGGGAUGCUGUCUGGAUCGUCUUCGGGCGUGUUGACCGCGUACUCUCUAGGCCCUCACCCGGCUUACGAAAGACGAUUCGAGCCAGGUCAAGUGACUGCUAGAUGGGUACUGUGCCCCGGUGUUCCUAUUAUUGGCAUUGCUGUGGACGAUCAGUACUCGAUCAAGCGCCAUUCAGGAAAACGAAUUUGGGCUGUUGCUCUCAAUGCCCUAGGAGAAAUCUUCUACCUGACUGAACUUCCUCGGGCACCUGAGAUCCCACUAACAGCCAAACUCAACACCGAGCAACUUGACGAGGUGGCUUGGAAGACGGGUAGAAGUGUGCAUUGGGAUAUGGUCGAAGCGAGCAGACGUGUGGCACGCCCAGACCCCUUUAAUCGUGAAUUGGUCGAUGGCAGCUACAGUCCGCAAUCAUCGUCGGAUUCCAUGGGGCUCAGUGAGCACCAGAUUGCCGCUGAAACAAAGGAGAUUGAAAAAUUCAUGUCUUUCAAGCCCAAGCACUUCCGCAAGGUCUGCGAAAGCUGGGACAUGCAGCGCGAUCUUAAGGUGGACUUUGCUGGCGAUGACGGGUGCGGGGCAGGCGAGUCGGUCAUUAUCAUCGCUCGCGGCUCGGGCGAAGAUGCCAAGGCAUCGAUCCGGCGGUUUAUGCGCACUGCUUCUAAGUCUGAUUUUAGCUCUUCGGACACGCCAGAGCCCUUAUCGGGUACACCGGAAGCUCCGCCAUCACUAUUCGGCGGCCCAAUGAACAUAUCAAGUCCGACCGUCACCAGCAGUCUUCCCCCUUCUCGGUCCUCCGCACGGAUGGGCUCACCUUCGGCCAACAUCAGAUGGCGUCUGUCGGAUUUUGUUUUUGGUGAUCGCAAAUCUACGGAAGUGAGCACUAGUGCGUUGGAUACAUCCACUUUCGCUACACUCACAGCCGAAGAGGAUCCUCUUUUGGCUAUGUCUGGGAGCUCUACUUCGUCUGUAACAUCAUCCCCAAUGUUGCCACAUAUGGAUCGGCCGCGGUCGGGCCUAGAAGUUCCUGGGCAACGCGCUCGAUACCUAGCUGUUGGAACCCGUACUGGGAUGGUGUUUGUCUGGGAUAUCCGAGCUCCAGCGGCGAAGUCUGCGGAGAUCAUCAAUUCCAUCACCUCAUUGCGCACCAUCCAAACAGACUCGCCCCAGGUGUCUUCCGUGGCCAUCACGUCGUUGUACCUUGUUCAUGGCGGAAAUGAUGGCCUCGUGCAAGCGUGGGAUCCGCUAGCAUCAUCCACCAAGCCAGUCCGGACGAUCAACUCCCGGUUUUCGACUCGGGCCCGCCGUCGGCUUGUGCAAGCUGAGGCAUCUAUCCUAGGUGUUGGAAACAAUUACUAUGCCACAGGCGCUAUCUGCCUUGAUACAGACCCAACCGUUCUGCGUGGAAUGGUCUCGCUUGGCACCCACUUGCGAUACUGGUCUUACAGUUCUUCCGAGGCUGAUCAGUACAAGAGCAACAAACGCCGCCUUCGCCACUUAAUGCGUGGCAGCAACGGGGCUGGAGAAGGCCAACGCUUCAACAAUAGUGGUCGGGGUGCGAUCGAGGACUUUAUUGAAGACGAACGCAUAGAUAUGGAGCGUCAAAGGAUUGCCGACGAGAAAGAGCGAGCCCACUUGAGCGCGCGUUUCGGAAUCGACCUUCUUGGUCCAGAUAUCGAUGAGGAGCAGCUUUUGGCGUAUGCCCAGCUCCUGAGCGAGGAGGCAUGCUCCGCCAGUGUGCCUAAACCCACGGACAGUGCCGCAGUCUCCAGCUCGGCUACAAGCACUUCAUUCGAUACUGUUGCUCCUAGUUCGGUCGGCUAUGGCGAGAUCUCAUCCUCUUCGUCUCCCUAUCAAGAUCCCGCGGAUGAUAAUAUUGAUGACGAACUUGCCGAGGCGAUCCGUCUGAGCCUGCUUGACGAGCAAUGUGCUGCUUCGCCCUUUGACCAGACGUCGUCUAUUCCUAUCAAGUAUGCCAAGGGAGUACAACCGCCUCGACAGCCAUCGCCUGGAGCUGAAGCUGAGAGCAGUAGACAGCAAGAGAUGGAUGAUCUGGAGUUUGCGAUUCAGCUCAGCUUAGCCGAGGGCAAGAGUCGUGGGCAUGUACCUGCUUCACCGUCAGGCAAGGGCAAGGGGAAAGCCAGGGCUGUGUAG